CAGGCGAACUGCGUCAUGGUUGAUGGUUCAGGUACCUGGGUCAGUCGGCCCUGCAGCGAGAGCUAUGGCUUCCUCUGCAGCACAGACGUCGUACCUUCCAUGAUGAGGUCGGUGAAGAUUCGGGUGAAGGCGGGAUCUGCAGACCUGAAUGACCCAGAGGUCCAAGAGUCCAUCCUGCAGCAGCUAAAGCAGAGGAUGGAAGAGCAAGGAACAACAGAGGAGGUGAAGCUGAGGUGGAGGAUCCAGCCUGAUGGGAAGGUUUUCCACCGAGAGGACCAGAGAGCGCCCCCUGGUGUCUGCCAGACAGACACCUGUGACACAAUUUAACAUCGACAACUAAUUAUUUCCUUUAGCUGAUCGCUGUUUGAUCGUUUUCUUCUCUUAGGUCUGUUGUGUAACUCUUUAUUAUUAAUACUAAUAUGACU